AUGCCUGUCUUCACUGAUUCCAAAUCCGCAUUCAGUCUGUUGAUCGAAUCUGAAGUGGAGCUCAACUUUUUGCUGCCGAAUGGAAUCAUACUGCCUCAGCGGCUGGAUUCUGAUCUGUCCCUCUCAGCCGCCAAAGAUGAGGUGUGGUUGGCAGCCGCUCGCGAACCAUUAUUCGAUGUUCUUUUGCCUAAAGAGCAAUACGUUUUCACCGGUAUUCACCGAGAAACCGCUGAUGAGGAAUACUUUUAUGAUCAAAGUAUUCGAUUACGCGAGCUGCCGCUUCUGCUCCCCUACAUUCGGGUGGUUGAGGCGACUAAAGACAGCACGCUAUUUGAGAAGAGCACGCAAGAUGCCACCAUCGCCAGCUGCAUUGGGAUUUCACCAAUCGAUCUUGAGCAAACAGGUCGUUUGGUCUCCGAAGUCAAGUGGGCACGCUCGCGAUUGUGUCAUUUGGCGAACACCCACCGUGACGCAUUACAUGCUGGCGGCUCUGAGGCUCUAGCGAGAUACCUCACGGCGGCAGCACAACGCGAUCUUUCCAUGUCACUACGCUCCACUUUGAAACAACGCUCUCAUCUUAUGGUCUCCGCAUGGGUUCUGGACGGUGGAACCCCUGCAAAGGAGAGACGCAUCCAUGUAGAACUGGGAACUUCGGCCACUGUCGAUGAGGCAUUGACAAAACUACUGCGCAUGCAAAUGGAUUUGGUUCAAAACAGCUCCACGCCUGUUCUACAUGGUCGGCUUCGAACGCAACCACAAACUUCUGCUUACGUUCUCAAGGUGUGUUGCUCUCAUAAGUACCUGUUUGGUGGGGAUGCCAAGUUGGUCUCAUUUGAGUAUGUACAACACUGCAUUGAACGGAACGAGGUACCUUGCUUGAGUCCUAUGUUACUCAAGGACGUGUGCGACAAUCUCAUUCAAUCGUUCGACGGCACAUUCACUGGCCGUCUAUCUUCAGACCAUAGUCCGAGCGCACCGUGCACUAGCCCUCGGUCACCAAUUCCCAGUCCACGGACUUCACGACAGCUGAUCGCUUUCAAUAGGGCUACUGCCCCUGUUUCGGAAAUGUCUUCACGUAUUUCCAAACCUAACUCCUCAUCGAUUUUUCAGACUUUGGAAAGCCUUGCUCGAUGUGUUGAAGAUAAUCAGGAUAUUACACACAAGGAUAACUGGGAACUGGACGAACUGUCUCCAUUGAAAUCUUCAGCUCUGUCCUUAUGGACUGUCCCCGGUUACCUGAGCAUCCAGGUACAUUCGGGCAAAUGUCUUUCUGGAGACUCGAUAUCCAUGCAGUCAUCGAUGCGAGGGUCAUCGCCUUCACACCAAGCUGCUUCAGGAUCUGUCGCUUCAGCUCCAGUGGACGUUGCUCGUGGCCGUUACAUAGUCCGUGUCGGAUUGUUCCACGGUAGUCAGCCACUUACCGAAUGCCAGACAACUAGAGAAAUGCCUUGGUGCUACAUGUUUUGGAAAAAACGACUCAAUUUUCCUAUACGAUGGGCCGAUAUUCCGCCGGCCGCGCGACUCUGUGUCGCUCUGCUCAGAUUGGAACGAGGUUCAGAAAAACGAGCUACGAAAUCACACGACUAUCCUGUUGGAUGGGCAAACGUGAACUUUUUCGAUCACCAAGGAUUCAUGAUCUCUGGCGAAAUCAAUCUCAACCUGUGGCCGGCCUCAUUGCUACAGUUCACCGUGGAGCAGUUCAACCGGUUGUAUCCUGCUGGCACUGUUCUCGAGAACCCCAAUCCAGAUUUCACACUCAAGCUUCGGAUCCUCACUCCAGUGCAGAGACCCAUCCAGAUUCCCAGUUUUCGGUCUUUUAUCGAAGCAUUCCAGCAGAGGAGCUCGGGUGUGGCAGAAGACCACGUUCACGAAUGGAAUCCAGUCCAUCGAGCGACCGUGGAGACACCACAACAAUUAUUGGCUCCGGUCGGCUCCGAACGAUGUGGCUUUGUCAACUACAUGUUCAGCGGUGGUGAUAUGGAGGCGGAUGUGGACGAGCUGGAAACUGAUAACACCACAGUACAUGGGCGUCCAUUGUUAGGGGUCAGUGAUUACACCAUGGAGCCUGCGAGUUUCUCGGAGUCGUUGCUUCGGGAACUGGUCACGCGCGAUCCUCUCUAUGAACUAUCGGAACAGGAGAAAGUUCAGUUGUGGCAUGGUCGCUACUUCUGUUUACGCCAUUUACCGGAAGCACUCCCUUGGCUCGCACAAUCCGUGCCUUGGAACCGCCUAAAUUGUUUGCUGGAGUUUUAUCACCUACUUCAUUCCUGGCCCCGCCGGUUGCCUGUUACCGUGGCUCUACAACUGCUCGGUGCAAUGGGUUUGAACGCAGGUAGUGCUCUCUCUAUCGUCCAGUCGGCCGCGGGUAACGGAACCCGUGGUGGUGCUAGCGGAAUCGCGGAUGCCAAUGUACGCGCUCUCGCUGUGGACAGCUUGUAUAGCCUAUCCGAUACGGAGUUGAGUGACUACCUUUUACAGUUAGUUCAAGCACUCAAAGCGGAAUCGUACUUGGACAAUUCCUUGUCCAGAUUCAUUUUAUACCGUGCCCUCCGCAAUCCUCUGCUUGUCGGACUCCGAUUUUUCUGGCACCUGCGGUCCGAAAUUCACCUCCCAGACAUGCGUGUGAAGUUCGGACUUUUAUUGGAAGCGUUUUGUUUGGGGUGUGGCCCACUUCUCACAUUUUUGGUACGUCAGGUAACCGCGCUGAACCGAUUGGAAGCAAUCAGUGCACGAGUGAAGGAACUGAGCAAUGAAGACGAUCAACGUGCACGUUUUCGGGAUGAGAUCUCUCGCCCAGAGGCACAGCGGGACUUACAGUGGCUUCCUUCUCCUCUGUGCUUGAGUGAGCGCCUCGGUAACAUUGUUAUCAGCAAAUGCGAUGUCAAGCGAUCGAAGAAGCGACCGUUGUGGCUCGUCUGGACUAAUUCGGAUCGACUUGCAGCGCAUCAUCUCGGGCAUUAUCAAUUGAUUUUCAAACAUGGAGAUGAUCUUCGGCAAGAUAUGCUGACGCUGCAGCUGUUACGAGUAAUGGAUCGUAUAUGGAAAGAGGAAGGUAUGAAUAUGUGUUUGGUCCCAUACGGUUGCCUAGCUACGGGUCCAGAGAUGGGUCUCAUCGAAGCGGUGCGAAACGCACGCACUGUUAUGUCCAUUCAGGGGGACCGUCUCCGAGCAGCACUUCAGAUCGAUUCAACGCAGCUGUACAAAUGGCUUACUCAGCACAUCACCACCGGUCACGACCACGCUUCGCAUUCGGCGGAGGCAUUCGACCGAUUGAUUCACAAUUUCACCGUCUCUUGUGCUGGCUACUGCGUUGCCACCUUUGUCUUAGGCAUUCGUGAUAGACAUCCGGAUAAUAUUAUGGUGGACACAAGCGGCCGGUUGUUUCAUAUCGAUUUCGGCCACAUUUUGGACAAUCGGAAGAAGAAAUUCGGAAUCAGUCGAGAGCGCGUCCCUUUUGUUCUAACCAAAGACUUCAUUACUGUCAUCGCUCGCGGGAAUCCGGAUGUGGUUCUCGGCUCGCCCGUGACUGAGACUGGAGGCGGUGGAUCACGUAAUCCUUACUUCCAGGAGUUCACCCAGUUGUGUGCCCGAGCCUACAUGUCUUUGCGGAAGCAUGCUAAUCUACUGCUCACCCUUUUAGCAAUGAUGCUUCCCUCUGGAUUGCCAGAGCUGACAUCCACUUGUGAUUUGGAUUAUGUACGCAAAACGUUGGCUGUGGAAUUGGACGAAGCACAAGCGUUGGCCUACUUUCACACCAAAUUUAACGAAGCAUAUUACGGAGCAUGGACCACCAAAAUUGAUUGGUUCGGUCAUUGGAUGAACACCUAGCGGAACAUUCAUUUUGGUAGUUUUUUGCAUACAAAUGUGUACAUAUACUGCUUCGGUAUAUUUUGCGACCGCGCUUCUUUCUGCAGUAGCUGUUUUCGUGUCCCGACAGAAUAGGUGAAUUGGACAGAAUCCGUCUGUGAAUUUUUUUGCGCCUUUCUUCAUUUGUUGACUUUGGUCUCCACUCCUCGUAGUAUUUACCUUUAGGCCUUAUCUCGCUUUUUACAGCUUUGUUCUACCGCUACUUUGUUCGCACUGUUUAACAACAGAGAGCUUAUUUCUUACAA